AUGUUGCUCACGAGAACAGCAUCCUCCGUCCUGCGAGCAGCAGCAGCAGCAGGAGCACACGCACGCCGCUCCCGCCUCCUAAGCACCCUGGCCGUGCUCGAGCACAAGGAGGGCAAACUCCUCCCCCAGUCGCUCCCCGUCAUCACCGCCGCCACAAAACUCGGCGACUCGGUGACGGCCCUCCUCGCCGGCACCGACGCCGCCAGCGUCGCAGCCCAGGUCGCAAAACUCAAUGGCGUCUCCAAGAUCCUCACGGUCUCAAACGGGGCCUACGACAAGAACCUCGCCGAGAACUUCGCGCCCAUGCUGCAGGAGAACAUCAAGGCCGGCGGCUUCACCCACGUCGUCGCCGCGCACUCCGCCUUCGGCAAGAACAUCAUGCCGCGCCUGUCGGCCCUCCUCGACGUCCAGCAGAUCUCGGACGUCACCGAGAUCCAGGACGAGUCCACCUUUGUCCGCCCCAUCUAUGCCGGCAACGCCAUCGCGACCGUGAAGUCGUCCGACGCCAUCAAGGUGUUUACCAUCCGCGGCACGGCCUUCCCCGCGGCCGAGGAGGGGUCGGGCUCGGCGGCGGUCGAGGAGUCGAGUGUGGAUCCCAAGGCGGACUCCACGACGACGUGGGUCAGCGAGAACUUGGCGAAGAGUGAGAGGCCGGAUCUGGGCACGGCGACGAGGGUCGUCUCGGGGGGGAGGGGACUGAAGGAUAAGGACAACUUUGAUAAGCUGAUGCCGCCGCUUGCGGAUGCGUUGGGGGCGGCGAUUGGGGCGUCGAGGGCGGCGGUGGACUCGGGGUUUGCGGAUAAUAGUUUGCAGGUGGGGCAGACGGGGAAGGUGGUGGCGCCGCAGCUGUAUUUGGCCGUGGGGAUCUCGGGGGCGAUUCAGCAUUUGGCGGGGAUGAAGGACUCGAAGGUGAUUGCGGCUAUCAAUAAGGAUGCGGAUGCACCGAUAUUCCAGGUUGCGGACGUGGGCCUUGUGGCGGAUCUUUUCACGGCGGUGCCUGAGCUGACCGAGAAGCUCAACGAGAAAUAA